CUUAAGAUACUUGUGCUGUUCAUGAUGAAGUUGUGCUUUGUUUGGCGACCAUAUACUUUGUAUGAUAUGUAUUUUAACUUUUCUGUUAAGCUUUUCUCUGGCAGUUAAUGUAGAAAAUUAUUAUUGGAUAAGAUUGCAGACAGUUCCAAUGUCUGUAAUAUGUGAAAUUAAUUGUUGAAAAUAUGAAAUUUUUGUUAUCAACUUAUCAUGAUUUUGUGGGCAAUGCCUACAUAAAGUAUUGUGACCGAAAACACUCUCGGUAAUUGCCGUAAUUGUACGUAGGUUGCCGUAAUUUGUCGCCACGCAACCAAACAGAUGUUAACAUAUGUAGAUUAACAGAUCAGCAGAGAGUGGUGAUGAAGUCCACAGAAUUGUCUAUCUUUCUUGCUAUGGAUCUUUUGAAUGAUUAUUUCACGGUCAUACCAAAUUAAGGUCGGGGAUAUUGAUGCUGGUGUGAUAAGUUUUUUCCCUAUAUUCGUACAAGUCGUGAAUGUUCUGUAAUAAUUACGUGAAUGUAUUAAAGUAUGGGAGUCAAUGAAUCAUUUUCAAAUAUCCAAGAGCAAUGGAAAUCUCGUGACAAAUCUAAAUGUGUGGAGGUUUUCGUGCUUUGAGAAGGCGAUCAUUUAUGAUGACGCUCAGUGGAAAGUACAAGCAGUAUGAAUGCCCUCGCUUGAGAAUCAACGAAAACGGAAUCGGUGUUUAUGAGGAUGAUGAAGAAACGCGACACAACGAAUGUGGCUUGUUUAUCGAGGAGAAAGAUGCGCCCGCCUAUUCAUCUAUAUAUGAUAGAAGCUUUGAUGAAGUUGUCUUCGACAUUCUCAAAGUUGACCCAGAGGAUUUUGCUAGACAAAUAACGUUGAUGGAUAUUCCUGUUUUUAAAGCCAUAAAACCCGAGGAACUCUCGUCGUGCGGUUGGAAUAAGAAAAAUAAACGCGAGCUGUCUCCAAAUGUUGUGGAGAUGACCAAAAGAUUUAAUCACGUGAGCUUUUGGGCUGUUAAGGAGAUCCUCAACGCAUCAUUUACGAAAACUCGGGCGGAAGUGCUUUCUCUGUUUAUAAGAGUAGCAAAGAAACUGUUAGAUUUGCAAAACUUCCAUUCGUCAAAAGCGAUACUCUCUGGACUUCAAAGUGCUUCAGUCUACAGAUUAGAACAAACUUGGAUGAUGUUGCAAAGACGAGACAAACUCACUUUCGAAAAGCUUGAUAGUAUUUUUUCCAUUACGGAAAACAAGUCGAAGUUGCGUAAUCUCUUGGAUGAAGCAAAAUUACCUUGUAUACCUUACCUAGGAAUGUAUCUUACCGAUCUUACCUAUCUCGAUUCAAUCCAUCCAACCACUGGAGGUUUGGAUAAGGACAGAAAUCAGAAGAUGAACAAUAUUAUCCGUGUCAUUGCAGAAUUUCAACAAUCCAAUUACGACGAUAUAGAGGAAGUGCCUUGCAUAAUGAAUUAUUUAAAGUCCGUAAACUACAUAGAAGAACUUCAGAAAUUUAUGGAAGACAGAAACUAUCAGCUGUCGUUGAAAAUCGAACCGUGCAAGGAGUCAAAGUCAAAUCUUUUACCCAACAAAUAUCUGGCAAACACAAAAGAUCAAUCGCCAUUAUUUGGUUUAGAGGUACCGGAAGUGCCGCGAUCUGCAAGCUAUGUGAGGAAAAGCUCUCAUAUUCCUGAAACAUCAACGACAAAAGUUCAACUGGGUCAUCGCAAAGCUUCAAGCUUGGGCGUAAAUAUAUUUUCCUCCAAUCGUCUGUCAUCGUCAAUGAGUUGUCUCAGUUACAAGUCGAACGAGACCGAUCCGUUUUCUGAGGGAGCGCUCGACACGUCCUCACAAGUCUCCCCUAAAACACAUCCUAUUGACGGAAGCCGAUUGCAUUGGAGCACGUCUUCGUCAGAGAGUACUGAUCUUAGUAUCCGGUCCGACCAAAGUAAAACCAGCGAAGAAACGAAUCUGGUUGAAAAUUUAAACUUUAGAUGGGAAGAUUGUUUAAAAAGGAAAGCUUACCUUAAGAAAGGAAAACGACCAGCGUUUUCAUCGUGGAAACGAUACUGGGUCGGCCUUUGUGGAAGCUAUCUCUACUUUUUUCGUCCGCGUCGCACGCUGUCUGGAAAUGUCAGAAACUCGUAUAAACAGACAGCUCACGGAAGACCUUUCCUACUGACAGAUUGGAAAAUUACCUUACUUCGAGACAACGUUCGUUCUUUCUUCCAGCUAGAAAACAAAGAUAGUGGAUACAUUUACAGAUUUUAUUCGCAGACAGACAUCAAUACGCAGACUUGGUAUAAUUUACUUAAAGAUCAAAUCGAAAGAGAGCUGUACAAGCCACCUCAAAAUCUUAUUUCAUUUGACGAAAUCGAAGCAGAAGACACCAAACUUUAGCACAUUCACCCACAGCACAGAAGGAGAUUUAACUAUAUUAAUAUUAUAAUAUUUAUAUAUAAUGUAAUACGUAAUACGAGUUUGCGUGGCAUUCGUGGAAAUUAUAUUGUAGUAAGCUGUUCUACACGUUGACAGAUUAUUGUGUAUUAUAAGUGAAUGCUCAAAUUUUUUGUAUUUAUAUAUUUACUAACUCUGUAAUUGGUUAUUUGUAUGAUGAUGGCAUCAUUUCGUUGAAAUACUUUUACUGAUCGAUAAAAAAAGUACGAGUUAAUUUAA